GUUUUGGGGGAGGCACAGGUUGUUGCCUGGCCCAGGCGAGAGGUGGGGGCCUGCGGCAGCUUCGUGGUCCCCCCACCCUCCCCCCCAGGUCUGCAGGGGACCCUGGAUCCCCUGGAGAAUGCGAACCGGUGUGACGGUGGCUGGCAGGGACCAGCAAGGUGUCCCCCACGACUCGGAGAUGCUCAUUUCUGAGGGCCCCAGCUCAGCCCCUUGCAGGGCUGCAGGCUUGCUGUCCAAGCCUGUCCCCCACACCCCACCCCAGGCUCUGUCUGCACAGAGCAGAGUGACCAGGCCUGAGCUGGCUUCAGGAGGUGCACCAACAAGGGGCGCCUUGGCCCAGGCUCUAGUCUGUGCCACAGGGCCCAUCCCUGUCCCAGCCAUGACAUCUGGGCUGCUGCAACCCAGACAACAUGGGGCUGGUUCCCAGAUGGGAGAGGGACAGGGAGUGGUGGCCCCACCCCCCAAACUUCUGAGGAGGGGCAGGACGUGCUCCAUAGUUUCAUUUCUACUGAUUACAGGUAGCAGGCUCUUGUCUGCAGGGUAGCCCAGGGAGUGAGGAUGGGGCAUUGCCCUGGCCCUGCUUGGUGGGCCAGGACCCCCAGUGGCCCCUCCUGUGCAUGCUGACCCCUCGGAGUCAGCCCCACUGGCCCUUUCUGGCCCAAGCUCCUCUGCAGGACAAGGAUGCUGGGGUUCCCGAGGAAGGUUUGGCCUCCUGCAGGAGCUUUGUUGGCCCUGGCCCCAGACUGGACCUUCCAGUCUGGCUGACCUGGGCACCCCUCCCCCACAACUCUGUCCCCUUAGCAGAGCCCCCGGGAGACACAGGCCCUUGCUGCUGAGCUGUCCUCGGACCCCAGGGACACAGCCAGGGGAUGUAGCCCUGGAUGGGUGGCAGGUGGGGUGUGGCAGAACAGGCCCCCCUAUGUGGUGGACUCCAGCAGUUCCCAGCAACGGAGCGCGGACUGUGCCAGGCACCACCAUCACCUCUCAUGACCCCAUCCCAUCCCCAGAUCCACCCAGCAGGGAUGCCCCAUUUUGCAGAUGGGCCAUGAAGACUUAGAGAGACCAAGGGACUGGCCCCCUGGGUGCCCAGUGCAGUCCAGCAGCGGGGCUGAGCUCCAGGGAGGCUCAGGUGCCCCCUCCUGCCCCACCGGGAACCUGCGCUGGCCGCCAGAAAUGCAGCUACUGUCAGUUUCUGGCUCAUUCAAUCAUUGCUGGAUGUGCACCUGAUGUGAUUACUGGGGCUAGCACAGCAGAGCUGCCAGCUGGUGGACAUCCAGAGGCUCUCUCCCACAGAUCACCCACCAUGACGACCUUGCUGGAGAUCAAGAGCAGUGUGCUCAGGCAAGUGCAGGUGCGCCCGUCCUUCCGCCGGAGGACCGAGGGAGAGCCUGGGAGCACCAGCACUGACCCACAGGAGCCCACCGCGGGGGCUUGGAAACCUGGGGAUGGUGUGGAGUUCUUCGCGCAGAUGCGCCUUAUUCUGAAGAAGGGGGAAGGCAGACAGAGCCUGCCGUGCCCCGAGGUCCUCUUGUGCAGUGGUUCACCAGCCCCUGCUGAGCCUGUGGACCCCAACCGUGGCCUGAGAGCCCUAACCCAGGAGGAGGUGGAGAUGCUCUAUGAGGAAGCCCUGUACACAGUCCUUUACCGUGCAGGGACCAUGGGCCCUGACCAGGUGGAUGACCAGGAGACCCUACUGGGCUACCUGCAGCAGGUGUUUGGUAUCAGCCCCGAGGAGCACGCCGAGGCCAUUGAGCGUGUGAAGAAGGCCAAGGCCCCCACGUAUGCCCUGAAAGUCUCUGUCAUGCGUGCCAAGAACCUGCUGGCCAAAGACCCCAAUGGCUUCAGUGACCCAUACUGCAUGCUGGGCAUCCUGCCGGCCUCGGGCGCCCCGCGGGAGCCAGGCCCGCACAAGGAGCAGCGUUUCAGCUUCCGCAAAGGCAGCAAGCGUGGAGGCCCACUGCCGGCCAAGUGCAUCCAGGUCACCGAGGUCAAGAGCAGCACCCUGAACCCUGUCUGGAAGGAGAACUUCCUCUUUGAGAUUGAGGAUGUCAGCACGGACCAGCUGCACCUAGACAUCUGGGACCAUGAUGAUGAUGUGUCUCUGGUGGAAGCGUGUAGGAAGCUGAAUGAAGUCAUCGGCCUGAAGGGCAUGAGCAGGUAUUUCAAACAGAUUGUCAAGUCGGCCCGUGCGAAUGGGACAGCAGGGCCCACGGAGGACCACACAGAUGACUUCCUGGGGUGCCUCAACAUACCCAUCCGGGAGGUGCCCGUGGCCGGUGAAGACCGCUGGUUCAAGCUGGAACCGCGUUCCAGUGCCUCCCGCGUGCAGGGAGACUGCCAGCUGGUCCUCAAGCUAAUCACCACACAGAGGGACACGGGCAUGAGCCAGCGCGGGCGGUCCGGCUUCCUGUCCUACAUGCUGCUGCUCAGCCGUCUGCUGCAGUUCGAGCACCGAUCGCAGGAGCCCAACUCUAGCGGCUGGCGCGGAGAGCUCAGCGGGCCCGCGGCUACCGUGCUCUGCCUGCACGGCGCGCAGAGCAACCUGUCUGCGCUGCAGCUGGCGGUGCUGCACUGGCAGGUCAGCAGCCGCCACCAUCAGACCUGCACUCUGGACUAUGGCUACCUGCUGGGGCUGCUGGAGGAUAUGCAGGCCCACUGGGAGGAGGCAUCCUCCCUGCCCCAAGAGCAGGAGGAGAGCCUGGCUGACAGCUUCUGUGCCUUCUUGGAGUUUGGGCUGCAGCUGCUACGGCAGCUCCGAGACUACUUCCCAGCCACCAGCAGCACAGCCGUCCACCGCCUGGAGCUGCUGCUGAAGUGUCUCAGCAAGAUGCAGCUCUUCCAGCCGUCCUUCGAGAUCUGCCCCUUCGAGACAGAGCUGAACAUGGACAUCGCAGCGGCUCUGAAGAGAGGCAACCGUGAGUGGUACGACAGGCUCCUGAACACCAGGAGUCCUCGAGAGCAGCCGGGGCCGCUGCGCCUUGCCGGGCUGGUGGAGCUGGCUGACACCGUCUACGAGGACCUGCAGUCCUGCUAUGGCAUCUACGCUAGCCUCUUCCACAGCAUCGUCGAGAUCGACUUCUUCACCCUCACUUUCCGGCAGCUGGAGCGUCUGGUGGCCGAGGAGGCAUGGGUGCUGACGGAGGAGCUGAGCCCCAAGAUGACCCUUGAGGUGGCCUCGGGGCUCUUCGAGCUGUACCUGACCCUGGCCGACAUCCAGAGCUUCUGGAGCAGCAUCCCCGGACGUGAGAGCCGCUCCCUUGCUCUGGCCGGCAUCCAUGCCCCCUUCCUGCCCGCCGUGAAGCUCUGGCUGCAGGUGCUGCGGGACCAGGCCAGGUGGAGACUUCAGGGAGCCGUGGAUGUGGACACACUGGAGCCCAUGGAUGCCUCCUGCAAGCACAGCAGCUCCGCGGCCACUGCUAGUCUCUGCUUCAGUCUCAUCCAGGAGCUGUGGGCCCGCCUGGCGUGGCCAGACCCUGCCCAGGCCCAGGCGCUGGGCACCCAGCUCAGCCAGGACCUGUGCGAGGCCACCCUCUUCUACACUGAGCUGUUGCGAAAGAAGGUGGACGCUCAGCCCGGGGCUACAGGCGAGGCAGUGAGCGAGCCACUCUGUGUGGUCCUCAACAACGUGGAGCUCCUCCGCAAGGCUGCUGGGCAGGCGCUGCGGGGUCUGGCAUGGCCGGAGGCGACCUCAGCGCUGGAGGGGGCACUCCCGCGGCCUCUGCUCAGCUGUGCGCAGGCCCUGGACGAAGACCUGCAGCAGGAGGUCCACACCGUGACGGCGCACCUGACCUCCAAGAUGGUGGCCGACAUCAGGAAGUACGUACAGCACAUCAGCCUGUCGCCAGACUCCAUCCAGAAUGACGAAGCCGUGGCCCCGCUCAUGAAGUACCUGGACGAGAAGCUGGCCCUGCUGAAUGCAUCGCUGGUGAAAGAGAACCUGAGCAGGGUGCUGGAGGCCCUCUGGGAGCUGCUCCUGCAGGCCAUCCUGCAGGCCCUCAGUGCAAACCUCGAUGUCUCCGCGGAUUUCUACGGCCGCUUCCACUUCACGCUGGAGGCCCUGGUCAACUUUUUCCAUGCGGAGGGUCAGGGUCUGCCCCUGGAGAGCCUGAGGGAUGGAAGCUACAAGAGACUGGAGGAGGAGCUGCGUCUGCACCAGUGCUCCACCCGCGAGUGCAUCGAGCAGUACUACCUGGACAAGCUCAAGCAGAGGUGCCUGGAGCAGAACCGGUUCGGGCGCCUGAGCGUCCGCUGCCACUAUGAGGCCGCUCAGCAGAGGUUGGCCGUGGAGGUGCUGCAUGCUGCGGACCUGCCCCCACUGGACGCCAACGGCCUGAGCGACCCCUUCGUGAUUGUGGAGCUGGGCCCGCCACACCUCUUCCCGCUGGUCCGCAGCCAGAGGACGCAGGUCAAGAGCCGGACGCUGCACCCCGUGUACGACGAGCUCUUCUACUUCUCCGUGUCGGCAGAGGCGUGCCGCCGCCGCAGCGCCUGCGUGCUCUUCACGGUCAUGGACCACGACUGGCUGUCCACCAACGAUUUCGCAGGGGAGGCGGCCCUCGGCCUGGGCAGCAUCGGUGGCAUAGCGCGGCCCCAGGUGGGAGGGAGCGCGAGGGCCAGGCAGCCCGUGACCCUGCACCUGCGCCGGCCCAGAGCCCAGGUGAAGUCAGCGCUGAGGAUGCUGGAAGGCCGCACCAACAAGGAGGCGCAGGAGUUUGUCAAGAGACUCAAGGAGCUGGAGAAGUGCAUGGAGGCGGACCCCUGAGCCCCUCCUGCCCCAGGCCGUCCCCAAGUCCCUGCACCAUCCUCACCCUGCCCUGCGGUCAGCUUUGUGCAGCCAGGGCUCGCUCCCCCCACCCUGCCGUGUGGUGUGCAUGCUGCGGCUGGCCCUUCAGCCCCUCCUCCCUGCCCUGGCCCCGUGCGCUGUGUACUGUGAACCCCUUGCAUCCAGCACCCCCCCCAACCUGGGUCUGGGGGACUACCUCGGUGGGGCCUGGCCAGCAGCUGUCCCCCUGGAUGUGGAGCAGAGCAGGCCCGGCCGCCAGGUGAGCUUCCCCAUCUGCUCCCUCGGCUUCCACGGCCCCCAGCAGGCAGGCACCGGUCUGAGAGCAGGGUUCUCAGUGGGGUGGCUCUGCUUCCGGGGAGACAUUAGGCCGUGUCUGGAGGCAUUUUUGGUGGUCACAACUACAGGCUGAGGGAGAUCUUACUGGCACUAGUGGUGAGACCAGGGAUGCUCUCCCCAGCAAAGAUGGGCCACUCCCAGAUGUUACAAGUGUCACGACAAAGAGCCCAUCUUAGAGGAAGCCCUGUCUUCUCCUUCUGGGGCAGGGAGUGUGGCAGAGCCUUGCUGGCCAAGAGGCAGGAAGGCUCAGGUUUGAGUCCAGACCACGCAAGCUGGCAGGAAACAGCUCCCUGGGGCCCUGGCGGAGGGGAAGGUGGGCACCCGGAACCCUUCACCCAGAGAGCAUAUGGACAGGUUUGCUAAGAACUGCAUAGGUCUCACUCCCCACCUGGCUCUGAGGCCUGGGAGAGGGUCCCCGGGUGUCACUGUGAAGCUGGGGACAUCACGCAGAGUUGAUAGGUCAGUGUACGGAGCUCCGUGCAGGCCACGCAGCCGUCCAGUGUAUUCUCUGUGUCCACACACACCUGCCCGUG